UUGAUGUCACGGUGACAUCAUGCACCGCUAAAAGCUUUUAACCGGAUUCCUCUCCCGCCUUAGGCCCCAUUUUGAGUCCUCUUUCAGCGAGGCUAGGGGGAAGGGCACAGGCGUGUGUGUGUGUGCCUCCAUGCAUGUCUCACACCUCCUACAGCUCCCAGCUCAGUAAAAGACUUUCAAAUCCAGCCUCUUAAAGAUCCACUUUCUGCAAACACAGAGGCCGAGAGAACCAUUUCAGAGAAAAGAAAUGGCAUCAGAGGAUUUCAGCUACCUGACACCAGGCCACAAUGAGAAACACAGGCGGGCCCCGAACUGGACCGACGGGGAAAUGAAAGCCCUCCUCUACGUGUGGGACGAAAACCACAACGAACUGAAAAUGAGCAAGAGGAACGCCAAGGUGUACGAGAAGAUGUCGCAGAGGUUUUUCCAGCUGACCGGGGAGCAGCGGUUCAAAGAGGAGAUCAAGAUGAAAAUCACCAACAUGUCCUUCCAGUACAGGCGGCUGAAAUCCUCAAUUGCAGAAAGCGGGGAGGUGCCGGACUGGCCGUACUUCAAAUCCAUCGAGAAGAUCCUCACCAAGCCGCUGGACAACGGGCGGGUGAGCUCUGUGGAGUUUCAGGCCUCCGCUCCGGGCCCCUCCACUUCCUCCCAGUCCACAGACAACAUGGGGGCCCCGUCGGAGGAGGGCAUGAUGGGAUUCCUGCCAGAGUACACGGGGUCUUCAGAUGAGAUGGAGAUAAAGCAAGAGCUGGAGUCGUUGAGCUCCGACAGUGACAACACACAGGGAUCCAGCUCCCAUCAUAUUUCAGUGAAGAAGAGGCAAUCCAACAAGCCUCUUUCCAUGAAGAGGAAGAAGCUGCGGUUAAUGCAGGCCAUGCUGCAGCAGCAGAAGCGGUCGAGCCGAGCCAUCGAGGAGACGUGCAGGGAGGUCCGUCGAGCCAUGCACCAACAGAACCUCCUCCAGGUGCAGUGUCUGCAGCUGCAGGAGCGUAUGAUGAACCUCCUGGAGAAGAUGAUCCAGCCGUCCUCUGCCACGUCAUGGGGUCAGAGUGGAAAGCAGGACCCAGGGAAGCCAUGA